ACCCGCCCCCUCUCCCCCUCCCCCCCAAGGGCCAAGCGGCAAUCGACGGCGGAAUUGACUGCGGAGGGAAACGCGCGCGCGCCAAGAAAAUCAACGGCCAGCACCGAGAACCCUCGACGACGACGACGAUGUCGAGCGGAGCGGCGCACGAGAACGGCUCUUAUGGCGACAUGGAGCAGCGGGAGUCGCGUAAGAGGACGAUGGACGCGCCCGGCGAGGGCGACAGCAACAAGCGCACGCACAAAGUCCAUGAUGAAGACCAAGGCACAUGGCCGGGCAACCACGGUGAGGAAAAGAGCUUCUUCCUGAAGCUGCUGGUGCCGAACUGCGCUGUCGGGGCCAUCAUGGGCAAGGGCGGCGAGACCAUCGUCCAGUUGCAGAACGACACGGGCACCGUGAUCAAGAUCUCCAAGGCUCGCGAGUUCUUUCCAGGCACCAUGGAGAGGGUGGCGCUCGUACAGGGCACGGAGGAGGCCAUCGUCCAAGCCCACGACUUCAUCGCAGACAAGAUCUACGGCUGCCUUGAUAAGACUGCGCCAGCCACUUCCACCGAGACGGAUCGUGGAAAUAUGCACGUGAAGAUCGUGGUGCCCAACAGCACGGCAGGGCUCAUCAUUGGCAAGGGCGGCGACACGGUGCGCUACAUCAUCCACGAGUCGGGCGCCUGGCUUGAGGUGUCGCAGAAGAUGACGGGCGGCUGGACGGGCGCAGGGCGCGAGCGCGUCGUGAGCGUGGCGGGCACGCGCGAACAGAACCGCAUCGCCGUGCGCCUCAUUGUGCAGAAGAUCGUCGAGCACCCGGAGAGCAGCAGCUGCCCUCGCCUCAGCUACCCAGCGCAGCCCGAAGGCUACGGCCCGCACUCGGCCGGAGGUCCCAGCGCCGGGGUGCCCGCCUCGGCCCCGUCGGCCUACGCGCAGCAGCAGCAGCAGGCCGCGCCCCCGCACCACCACCAGCAGCAGCAGCACCAGCAGCAGUGGUACGGGCGCGGCGCGGGAGAGUACGCCGCCGCCAUGCAGCAGUACCAGUGGCCGCAGGCGAUGGCGGCGAGCGGCUACGAGUCGCGCGUCACGGCGGUCCCGCAGCCCGUGCUGCAGGAGGGCUUCCAGGGCCAAGAGCUGCAGGCGGUCACGGAGGCCCUGGACCGCCUGUCCCGCUGCGGCUACAGCAUGAAGACCCUGGGCGUGGCGGCCGACGGCACCGAGGAGGAGAAGCAGGGGGAGGCGGCACCCGCCGACGGCUACGGUGUGGAGGAGGUGGGCACCUUGGAGCUGGAGGUGCACGAGUCUCUGAUCGGCGCCGUCCUGGGUAAGGGUGGCCAGACGCUCAUGGACUACCAGGAGGCAACGGGCACCCGCAUCCAAAUCUCGCGCGUGGGAGAGUUCGUGCCGGGCACCAACAACCGACGGGUCACCAUCCUGGGCACCGCGGCGGCGCGGAAAGCCGCCGAGUUCCUGAUCCGCAAGCGCGUCGGCGCCGAGCAGGUCAACCGCGCCACCAGCAAGCGGCGCUAGUGCAGCAGGCGGGCUGGCGGUUGGACGGGCGGGCGGGCGAGCUCAUGUCAGCGCCACCUCCGCCCCCCCCCCCCCGCCGUCCACACCAUCGCCCCCACCGGGCUAACCCAACCCAGCCGUCCCACCUCCAACAUCCUCAUCCCAUCCCCCACUCCCAUCUUCCCCCUUCACCCUAGCAUCCCACCCCUCCAUACGCCCCCGACUCGGAUGUGGCGAGAGAGAGAAAGGCCGUCCCUGCGUCCGUGAGUAGACGUGGGCCGAGGCAGAGGCUUUAUAGUGUCUGAAACGGGCGUGUGAGAAUAGGAGAUUAAUUAAUAGGCACGCAAGGGCUUUUGUUGGGGACAAGCUCUCGUUUUAAGCCUCUGUUUUAAUGUUAACCCGAUUAUGAUUUCAGCGUCCCGCCAAACUUGGACUGCGCACGCCACCCAGCCGAAAGCAAGCACGCUCGGUCGCCGUGAGUACGUUGGUGUAUAUUUUAUACGGAGGGGGUUGUUGGAAACUGAAAGAUUUUCGAGCAUUUUGAAGCUUUUUUCUCUCCCCCCCCCCCCCCCUCCUGUUAGUAAUUUUUUUAAAGGGUUUCUUUGCUUUUUUGUUUUUCGAACCUAGUCGUUGAUCGUUGUCAUUACACGUUGCUUAAAUUCUGGGGUUAGGGGUUGGGGGGGGGUGUUUACGGAAACCUUUGUUUAAGGAAUAAAGAAAGAAAACUAAUCUUGAAUCAACUUGAGAAGAGAGGAAAGGUCACCCCCAGUUAAGACGGCAGCACCCCUUUUACCGCGUACCAUAGUUCACCGGGCUGGUAGAGCCCCUGUGUUUGUUUUUUUGACAGGAAGAGGAAUGUGAAGGUGUAUACGCUGUACCGUGGAGAAGAGAGGUUCGGUAGCAGGAAAGGACACCGUUGAUUUAGUCUUGGGCCCAAGAAAGCCCUGUUUUGUGUUUUCACUGUACCUUUCAUAACUCUUGAUAAGACAAAAAAACACGGAAAUCAGCAGAAGCUAAAACCGCAAACAUCUACUCAUUCUAUAGCUUUCGCCACCCGUUUGAAGAUGCAUUGUGAAUACGCGUGCCCAUUAGCGAGUCUGUAGUGUUCGUAUGUAGCUGCGGUUUAAUGUGAAAAACCCCCCCUUUGUUUGCAUCAUAUUUCAUUACCAAAUUACAUUGCAUGUAAUCACUUCUUUAAAUAAAACCGGUUUAACCGAACGUGGGAUACCCAUCUUUUGCGUGCUCUCUGAUCGCCUUCUGGAAUCUCGCUCUUCCUCCUACGAGAUUGCAAGCCAAAAAAAACAAACGGCAGUUCUCUUGCAGAUGUUCGAAUUGGUCGUGUGUUCCGGGCCGUCCAGCGUCGAUGAUCCUGAAACUUUGUACACAGAUUAAAUAUUUAAAAAUCCCCCAGAAAUGUCGCCACCACAAUGAUGUGUAUACAUCAAAUCGCCCUGAAUACGACCGAUUCCGAAAGCUUUAAGGGGUGUUUAGGCCGGUCAGUAUGUGGAUGGGAGACCACCACCCAGGAUUUUUCUGGGUGUUGUAGGUGCAGUGGGAGUUGGUGUAGCCACUAGAUGGAAAUACUGAGUCUCCCUAUUUGUUGUGAUGUUUUUCCGGGUACUUGCAUUUUCCUCCUAUAUGAAGCCACUCGCUGAUUUAAUUAAACACCCGAACGUAGCAGGAAGGACCCUCCUGAAAAAACUAAAUCUUUUGGCCUCGUAAAGCUUUAAUGGGUAAAAAAUAAAUCGGUGCUAAUGGGUGUAACUUUACCUCACUUCUGAGACCCUGUUAUUAACCAAAGCGGUAUGGGACAGCCCGGGACACAGCCUAGGCAUAAAUCUAUGAGAUUAGAGCCGUUUGCUUUUUGUCUUGCAUCUUUAAUGUUUCUUCUUUCUUCCAAUUUUAUUCCAGAUGUGUGGUUAACGUCAUCUUGGAGUCAUGAGAGACGCGUUUCCAUGCAGAGUUGUCACAGCGAGCCGUUUGAUGUCACCCUGCCACCCACUACUUCAGUAGCAUCUCACCCACGCUAGAUGCCCACCGUUCAUAUGCCCGGCCAAGAGUUUCCAUCGUAUUGCUGUUACAAUGAUCAUUUGUAAAAUUUAAAUGUUGUUGAAUUAUCGUUAAGUCCAAAUUCAAUUUGACGGUAUUGUUUCGUGCGGUCAUUGGUAAACGGGCUGAGGACCAUCAACUCGCUGCACCUGGGAACCCGGUUAAAUCACGAGUGGCUGCGUGGAUUAAAAACCUUGUAAACCACAGCUUUACCAGAUCAGCCCUGUUGCCCCCGACACUGCCUGGCCACUUGUUUGACGUCUGAGAACAAAAGUCGCAACCCCAGGGCUUGAUAUUCUUAGGUUUUUUCGGUGAAGUCACGUAGGUAAAAAAAAAUGUAAUUAAUAAAAAUAAAAUAAAAAU